AUGGCACCGACACAGUGGGCGACAUGCAAGCAAUGCAAGAUGUGGUGGUGGAUAUCGCAGAUGGAGUCGCGCGACUACUGGUGCUCCUGCGGCUGCCGAGUUGCUAGGCCCAAACGAGAUAUGACGAUGACGAAGGGCGACGGCAACGCUGGCAAGGGCAAGGGCAAGGGCAAGGAUAAGGACAAAGACAAGCAGUACCGUACUGACGGUGCCACGGGCUCCAACCAAAAGGGCUUCGCGCAGAUAGCCACGGCCUUGCAGACGAUGACGAGCUCCCUGGCCACCCUCCAGUGCGACAACAAAGACGGCAUCGCCAAGCAGCUUACGAGUGUGGCCACAGCACUCCAAGCUGCGGCGAGUUCCCCAGCACAGGUUCCCAAGUCCCGAGCACUACGGUUGGCAGAAGCAGCAAGGAAACUCGAGGAUGCGAACAAAAAGUACAAAUGGGCGUACGAUGCAAAACAGUCGGCCGACGAGAAGGCGAAGAAGGCAACAGAGUGGCUCACGGCCAGUGCCGACGACGUCCUGAACGCGGAGAAGGAAAUAGAGAUGAUCCAGCAGGAGGGCAAGGAGAAGCCGAAGAGCAUCUUCGACCAGCUGCUGAACGCAGACACGGAGAUGAUCCAGCCAUCGGAGAUCGAGAUCGCCGAGGUCGAGGCUCACUUCCAGUACGACGAGGACAUGGAUGAAGAAGGAAAGCGGCAAGUGGAAUUAGCGAAGAAGCAAGUCCUGGAGCAUCUACGGCAGACGGCAACGACCUUCAGGGGCCAGCUGAAAGACCACUUGCAGCAGGCGAAAGACAAAGCAGAGCAGGAGCGCGCCACGAUCACCCAGGCCUACAAGAAGCGGAAGGCGGGCUCAGGCGAGCCCGGCGUCAUCCUCGUCGACGGAGCAGGCGCCUUCCUGGAGCAGCGCAGGAAGGCACAACUCAAUGACGUGGAAUACGAGCUGCAGAAAUCUGGGUUCUCAGCAGUUUUCACGGAAGCCAGGCAGAGCGAGAAGAGCAUGAAGGGGCACCACGGUGGCACAGCUGUCAUCACCAAGGGCCACCUGAAGGCUACCUCUUUACGCCACAAGGCACGGGCAGACACGACCUCGAGUGUGACUACUCACCAAGGGCCGUGCGACAUGGAUAUGAUCGACUGGACGCCAGUCACGCUCCACUUGAAGGGCACAUCGCUGCUCAUCAUCUCCCUCUACUUGGACCCGGACGCCUCCCUCGUCGACGGGGUAAACGCCAAGAAGUUGACCUCGCUCGCGGCAUUCCUGCAUACUACCUCCGUGCCGUGGAUCAUCUGCGGCGACUAUAAUUGCGAGUUCGACGCACUCGAGAAGACAGGGUGGCCGACGGCACUGGGCGCGACGGGUGUGGUCCAAUUGCCAGGGGGCCAGAACAUGUCCUUCUCAGGUGACGAGAUCCCCUCGAACAUAGGCUUCGCCCUGGUCAACCCUGGUGGCCAGAGACUUGUUCGAGGUAUACGCGCUGUUCACGAUGUACCUGGGAAACCACAUGUGGGGCUGGUUAUUACAAUGCAGGCAGCGGCGCAGGUGAACGAAUGCAGAAGAUUAUGUAUGCCGAAAGCAUCUCCCCACCCCAAGUCGACGAAGAAGGCCGACCCCAACAGCAAAGCAGCAAAUAAUAAGAAGAAGAAAGCAGCGCUACCAGUCCUGGACGAAUCUGACAACCUCUCCGAUGACGAGACCGCCGAGACCGACACGGCGAGAUGGGAAACCCUUGGACCAGACGGUUGUAAGAGAAACCAGACUGAGGCGAUCGCUGACGUCGAGACCAGCGGACCCGUCCCAAGACGAGUCGUCACACAAAUGGACAGCGAGGACAUAGACCCCCUCGUCGACCUGGAUGCGAACCUUCUCAACGCGGACAGCAACAUUCUCAUGCCCGAAGAUGGCGAAGGGGCCUGGGACACACCAGAGGCGAAGGAUACUACUCAAAAGGCGGAGAGCACGGAUGAGACCAUGCACGACCCAAAUGCAGCCACGACCACAUCGUCGGACCUGUCGAAGGAAACCCACAGGACUUCCUCACAGACGAUGCAGCAGCGGAUCGCGGACAAAGCAGCAGGGGUGAACACCACAAUCAUGGGCGAUACUUGGGAGGUGGCAGCGCAACUGCAAGCCUUGGAGUCGACUGACACAGACCCCGGGUACACAACGCAGAACGCAGCAUACAAGACCGACCUGAACGGCGCUGAACGGCUAGGGCGGCAACACCACCAGUUCAUCGGCACACUGGAGAAAUUCUAUUGCAAGGCUUACAAAGUGGAUUGGGCAGGCAGAGCAGUAUUUUGCGGGCGUGGGCACCCAUGCUAUUACAAGUCAGUGCCGCUGACUGGUGGAACAGACUGGUGGAACAGGGCCGACAUAGUGCAGAGCACCCUGUGGAAGCAGAAGCACGACCAGAAGGUGAACCACGGCUCCGCGCGUCUCCGCAAGACGCGCGCGGAGGCCCGCUCCUACCUGCUGAGGCCGCAGCUCGCCAAGUCGGCAUACCACGGCUCCGCACGCCUCCGCAAGAUGCGCGCGGAGAAAGGGCGGCCUCAGGGCGCGGCCCUUGUCGACGGCUCCGAGCGCCUCCGCCAGACGCGCUCGGCGCUGGGGUCGAUCAAGGACACCCUGCAGAGGACGCAGGCCGUCCAGCUCUCCCGCUCGCAGAAGCGCAGCUUCCCCGGCAACAUUCACAGGUACAAGACCAAGGGUGGCCGGCCCGAGUUCCACAACGUCGACAGGAACCGGCACGGCAGGAUCUUCGAGCCGUGGCACAAUUUCGAGAUCAUCAUAUCCGCUUCGAAGAACAACUGCUGGAUCACCGUCCUUAAUAAGGGCUGGCGCUACCGGACGGUGUUCUGGUCCAACGCCGGCAACGUCGGCUACAGACAGGCCAUGAAGAAGACGGAGCAGGCGACGCAGGCCAUCGCCCUCAACGUGGCGCGGAAGCUGAAGAGACUGGGGGUCACGUGUGCCGAGGUCACCUUCCGCAAGCUGAUGAAGGUGGAGACGUGCCUGCAGGCGUUCCAGAGCGUCGGCCUGCAGAUCACCCGGCUCACCCACCAGCCUCGGCUGCCGCAGGGCGACCCCGCCAAGCCGAGAAAGCAGCGCCGCGUCUGA